AUGCUGGUGGACGUGCGUACGUGCGCGGCCUGCUGCGCCACGUGCGCAGCUUUCCACCAGCAGACCGUGCCGUGCGGCCUCUGUCCGGAGGGGUUCGCCUCGCUCUGGAAGCGAGACAAGCACCGCGCCGAGGAGCACGGCCAGUACGACUUCGUCUGCGAGGAGUGCGGGCUCAAGUUCUUCCGGCGGGCGGAGCUGGAGAUCCACACGCGGCGCGUGCACACGCUCCAGCUGCGCUACCAGUGCUCGGCCUGCAGCCACCGCAGCGAGGAGCGCCGCAAGCUGCUCAACCACGAGCACGCGGCGCACGGGCUGCACGUGGCGCCGCUGCCGGCGCACAACCCGGCCGGCCAGCUGGGCUACCCGUGCCCGGCGUGCCGGGCCGUGUACGGCUGCGGCCUGGCCGUCAAACAGCACGCCUGGGAGCAGCACCAGGCCCCCGCCACGCUGGCCCUGCCGUAUCGCGCGUCGCACAGCACCACACAGGCGUAG